AUGGCUGAGUUCCAAGAACAAGGCAAAUUACUCCACGAAAACAUAAAAGUCCUUAAAAAGCAUCUCUACGCUUUAGACCAACUCUCCACAAACAGAGACGCUCAACCGAAAUAUAAUUUUCCACUGAAUAUUGAUAAAAUGAGUGUAAAUGAAGCGACGAAUGCACUCUAUGAAUUACUAGAGAAAUGCACGAAUGGGUUAAAUAUCUUUUCGAAGUAUGCUUGGGAGCUUAAAAAGACGAAAGGUGCGAUGGUAGAUCUCUGUCAUCUCAUUGAGAGUUUAAAUUUGCAGUGUGAAGAUGACAACAAAAAGCUCAUUGAAUUUAACAAUAAGGUUGUCGAGGAGUUAAUCAACAAAGAGCAACAAAGACUUUUUACAGAACUUUCACUCAACAAAUUUCGAAAGGAACAGUUGACAGAGGAACUUAACGAGACGAUAUACAACCUUCAAUUAAUGAAAAAGGAAGAGAAGACUCUUUCAAAGUCCUUUUUAACUCAAUCGUCAAUUUUUACUCAAACAGAAAAAUGUGACACCAAACCCCUUUUAAAAAAUUUUCAAAAUGUUCAAAAAAUUCAAACCGACAAACAAAACACAACAGAAGACAAAGCUUCCUCUCCAAAAAGUCCACCAAUAGAAAUUUUAAAUGCAACGAAUGAGCAAAACAAAGGUUUGGCAUUUGACCACAAAAUUUCUGAAAUUGCUGUCCACGAAUUGAGGAAAAGCGAAACCCUAGCCACCGACGAGGUCAAUUUGUUUGACGACACGUCGAACCUUGUGAGCGAGUCGGAGACGAAUAACUCGAAUUAUGAAAUUCAUUUGAUCAAUAAUUUAUCGCCAAUUCAGACGACACAAGAGAAGAUUAGUAUUAAUACUAUUAAUAUUAAUAAUAAUAAUAAUAAUAAUACUAUAAAUAAUAGUAAUCGAGUCACUUUAAAUGAUUUAAGUGAGGAUGAAAGGAACCAACUUUUUAAGUGGAGUGGGAGAAGUGUGGGAAUUCCUUUUGUGGAAAUCCCACUUGAGACGCCAAUGCUUAAAAAACAACUUUUAAAACUCACGACGACGCGGAACGGAUUUUUUGUUGUCAUUCAAGACAAAGGAGGAAAUUUAAUUGGAGGGUUUGUAAGUCAUCGAGUUGCAAAGGACGGAGCAUUUGUUGCGGACGCGAAUUGCUUCUUGUUCACAUUAAAAGUCGAUGGAAAGGUGCAAUUUCAGAAAUUCGAGAUGGCACGAACAAGACACAAAUUCGCGUUUUAUAUUGGAACAAAUCGAUCGACAAGACUCAUCGACUUUGGGUGCGGAGAUUUGUGUCUGAUGAGCGUCGGGAGGUUUGGGAAGAGAACAAACGAGAAAGUGACGUACACAAUGACGAAACAAUCAUUUCAGUACGGCGACAAAAUCAAUUUACUCAAUACGUCAAAUGAAGAAAAUGAAAUACUGAGCGCGACGUUCUUUGAAGCAGUCGAUGGAAGUCAAAGUUUUUAUUAG